AUGGUGGAGCAGUCUGACCGCGCUCCGCUGCUGGACUGGGAGGAGGUUCCUCCGGGCCAGCCGCCCCCCAGCGGCCCCUCUCUGGACCCGUCGGACUCUGCAAGCUCUGAGCCGUCGAAAUGCCGGCCUCAGGGCAGGGAGGGCGGCGGCUCCGGCUGGGCUUUGAGCCCUGGAGCUCCGGGCAGCGGAACAGCUGUUAGAGGCAGAAGCCCGCACUCCCCCUCCAUACAGGCCGGGCCUGAGGGGGAUGCUGGAGCCACCGACGAGGAAGGAGACUGCGCUUUUACUGGACUGUCCGUUAAAGAGCGUCGAGCCGCUGAAUGGGAGGAGAAGGACCAGAUUGUUGCUGUGUUCGUGGUGACAUUCGACACGAGAUCAGGAAACAUGGUGGAGUGGUGCUUACCUCAGGAUGUAAACCUGGAGGGGGUGGAGUUCAAGUCUAUGGCCAGCGGCUCUCAUCGAAUUGCGAAUGAUUUCAUAUAUUUCAGGAAAGGCUCUUACUUUGGGCUGGCAUGCUUUGCUAAUAUGCCAGUGGAAAGUGAACUAGAGAGAGGUGCUCGAAUGAAGUCUGUAGGCAUUCUGUCUCCGUCGUACACCCUGUUGUACCGCUACAUGCACUUCCUAGAGAACCAAGUCCGGCACCAGCUGCAGUGUCCAGGCCAGUACUCUCCACUAGAGGCGUUUUAUGAGGAUAAAAAGGCUGUGCUUCCCCCUGGAGGGAAUGGCCUGGUCACUGCCUGCCCCACCAGUGCCCUAGGGACCAUGGUAAACCGCUGCAUGCAUCCAGAGAUGAAGAUCACACAUCCUGCUGGCUGCAUGUCCCAGUUCAUCCGCUUCUUCGGAGAGCAGAUCAUGGUACUGUGGAAAUUUGCCCUAUUAAGGAAGCGCAUCCUCAUCUUCUCCCCUCCACCUGUUGGUGUGGUCUGCUACCGGGUAUACUGCUGCUGCUGCCUUGCUAAUGUGUCCAUACCUGGAAUCGGUGCCUCUGUGCCGGAGUUCCGCCCCUUCUUUUACAUCAACGUGGCUGACAUUACAGCUCUGGAGACAGAGCUCUCCUAUGUGGCUUGCACCACAGAGAAGAUCUUCGAAGAGAAGAAAGAGCUGUAUGAUGUCUACAUUGACAACCAGAAUGUGAAGACCCACAGAGAGAGCCUGCAGCCUCUGCUCCGAAUCAACAGUGCCGAUCGGGAGAAGUAUCGCAAGCUCAGUGAACAGAGGCAACUGUUGCUGUAUUCUCAGGAGGUUGACGGGGACUGCACCACUAAUGAGGAAGACCUUUUUAUUCUGUUUUUCAUGGAACAGAAUAACCGCAUCUUCCAGACUUUGUUGGAGGUGGCAGGAAGCGCUGACCCCACUCUGACUGCCGAGCAUGUGCGAGCCAUGGGGUUGGAUCCACAGGGUGACCGUGGUUUCCUGGUCGACCUCCUGGAGGUCUAUGGUAUCGAUGUCAUGCUGGUUAUCGACAAUCCCUGCUGCCCGAGCCAGUACUGACCUUUGGCCGCACUGCUGGACCGCCCUGAUACUGCCAACGCCCCAGGGCACUGUCCUUCCUUCAGGCUUUGGUACACUCUGCUGCCUUCACCCCACCCCCCCAACUCCCUCACAGCAUUUGUCCGCUUGUGUGUGUCUCUACGAGUGUGUGUGUGUGUGUGUGUGUGUGUGUGUGUGUGUGUGUAUAUGUGUGCCAGUUUGCUUAAUAACCUUCCAGACACUCCUGGGUUUCUUUCCAUGCUGCGCCUACUCUCACAUCCUGAAAAAAUGAUGAAACUGUGCCUCUUUGUUACUGCUUGUAAAGUGUGGAGCUCAAUUGUGACUUUGUUCUUCUAGCCAGCGCUGUUUUGGGGAUCUGAUGUAAUGUCCCUUGCUGGGUUUCGAAUGUGCUUCUCCUGGACCCCAGAGACUAAACACAAAGGAGUCCAGCAAUGGAGCCACUUCCAUCCCUGUGCUCAUCUGGUUUCCUGUCUGGUGAAGGAAUGUAAACAACAUGGUAACAUCUGCCCCACAUCGUCAUAUGUACAUGUAUAAGUAACGGUUUUCAAAGCUGAACUGUAUAUUGAGCUGGACUGGAUUCAUUGUAUUGGAGAUUUCCAUAAUUCCCUGCAUUAUUUAUUUGGCUUCACCAUGACUGCAUCACCGAUAAACGCCUGCAAAACGUCAACCUCAAAAUGAUGAAUGAUGGUUUUGAUUUUACAGAGUUUGACCAUCUUUGCCUCUCUCGCUACACUGAUGCUGUUUGGUUUUUAUCACUCCUGCUACCUGGAUCAGUUUUGAAGGAGGAAGGAACACAUUUAUGCAGUUGGAGUUCCAUCAGCUGAGUUUUUUGUUGGGUCUUCAGGGUGGCUUUGAAUGUGGACUUUCUUGCCUUGCUUUGCUUUAGUACUUUAUUCUAUAAAUCAGUCACUAAAGACACAGACAUCUCAACUGCUGUAUGUUUACUUUUGCACACAUUUGCAACAAUCAAUAAGGACCACUUUAAGCUGCAUAUUGUGUGAAAGCGCAUCUUUAAUCACUGCACUCUUUAGGGCAGGGCUGCCCUCAGAUGUCGUCCUGUUAAGACUGUAAGAUUUGAUCAGUUUUGACAGUGGCGUGAGUAGGUGCCAUCAUAUUAAGGGGAAAUUCCACUGAUUUUUUUCAAAAUUUCUGCAUGGUGCAGUCUGUGAUAUACACCAAGUCAUUCACAGUGGUCUGAUCUAGCAUCAUGUACUGUAGGGGUCACAAUGUCUACACUGCAAAUAUAGACAUUUUAUUCAUCCAAAAUGACUAGUGAACCUAUAUGUGUCUUCUGAGGUUUUAUAUGUAAUGUUGAUAAUGAAAAAAUGGCGGUAAAUAUGA